AUGACUAGGAAGAAAGUGACCCUUGCAUAUAUUCCAAAUGAUUCUGAAAGGAAAGCCUCCUUCAAGAAAAGGAAGAAAGGUAUGAUGAAGAAGGUGAACGAGCUUAGCACCCUAUGUGGAGUUGAUGCAUGUGCAAUCGUCCUAAGUCCGUACAGCCAUGAUCCCGAGGUUUGGCCUUCACCUCUGGGGGUUCAACGUGUGAUUGCAAAGUUCAAAAACUUACCUGACUGGGAUCAAGGCAGGAAAAUGGCAAACCAGGAAAGUUUCACCAAAGAAAGGAUCAGGAAAACAGAGGAAAAACUGAGGAAACAACACAAGGAGAAUCAGCACAAGGAAAUGACGAAUGUAAUGUUCCAGUGCCUGGCUGGGGAAUGGUCUCGUAGUUUCAGCUUUUACGGUUUGAAUGAAAUGGGAUGGUUUGUCGACCAGAACAUAAGGGAAAUUGCAAGGAGGAUCAAUUCACUUAAGGAGGAAAUUCUUCCUCAUCAAGGCAUGACAAUGAGGCAUGGAAUGAGCAGUGCAGAGAUUGUUGCAGACACACAGAUUGCUUCAGAGAUGCCCAUGAAUGCAAUGCAAAAUUACCAAUGGAACAUGCAACCUACUGUCAGUCCAUAUGGCUUAGGCUGGGACCCGACCAUUCCAUCGUAUGGUUACAACAGUAACAGUAUCGGGCCUAACUUUACGUACCCCUAA